CUCCUCGUAGCACCUCCUACAGAGAUUUCAGGAGGCAUCAAUCGGUGCCAGUUCUCCUAGAGGAAGCAGGAUACAAUUGACAUAAUUGAUAAAAUAGAAAAAUCAGGAACAUGAGGAAAUUCCAAAUAAACUUGUUAAAAAAGAGCAAUAGGCGUCAAUUUUUAGCAGCCAUUGUCGCCAAUUUAGCCACUAUAUCUACUGCAAUGGCCUUGGGAUGGGCGUCACCAAUUAUCCCACCUCUUUUGAAGAAAGAUACUCCAGUGGGUACAAAACCAAUGACAGAUGAUGAGAUUUCUUGGCUGUCUUCAAUUUCAGUCCUCAUGCCACUCAUAAUCUUACCGAUUGCAGCUUGGACCUUGGAGCGUUUUGGUAGAAAAAAGACCGCAUCUGCCAUAGCAUUUCCACUUACUAUGAAUUGGUUGAUCAUUUUUUUUGCCCAAAAUUUUUGGCAACUUUUCAUUGCUCGGAUACUGAGUGGAGUGUCUCUCGCACUAAUGGGUGCAGCAGUGUCACUUUAUGUUACUGAAAUUGCGGAUCAAUCGAUGGGAGGACCACUGGGCAGCCUGUACGCGUUCAGUAUAAAUAUAGGAGUUCUCAUCGCUUUAAUUUUUGGUGCCACCUUGACUUACCAUCAAUUUGCAAUAGUCGGAAUAAUUCUGCCUGUGAUAUUCUUCAUAACAUUUUUAUUUAUGCCUGAGACACCGGUUUAUCUUAUAAGGAAGGCCAGAGUCCCAGAGGCUACCAAAUCGUUAAUGUGGCUGACAAAUAACGACACUGUGGCCGUCGAUCGAGAAUUAUCCGAACUCCAAGAGAGCCUCGACAAGAUGGUUGAACCUGACAAAUUGGUAAAAAUCAAGGACUUAUUCAGAGAUCGUGCAACAAUCAGGGGCUUCAUCAUCGCUUCCGGUCUCUUCAUUGGACAACAUACAUCGGGUUAUACAAUUGUGGUGACAUAUACUCCAUUGAUAUUCGAAUUCGCGAAUAGCUCAUUGGCUCCGAAUAUUGCUGCCGUAGUUCUGACAGUAAUCCAAAUUGGUGGCUCAUGGUUAUCAACAAUGACAAUCAAUCUUACUGGGAGAAGAUUCAUUAUCAUAAUUUCAUGCAUAGGGAUGAUGAUUGGUCAUAUCUUUUUUGGAACAUUCUUUCUACUGAUGGAUCAGAACGUCGACGUCUCUUCAUUUGCCUGGCUUCCACUUAUUGUAUUAUCAGCAUACGCAGUAUCCUAUUCAAUGGGACUUGGACCAGCUGCAUAUAUCGUUGCAGCAGAGAUUUUCAGCCCCGAUAUUGCUGGUUUGGGGACCUCAAUGUCGAUGAUGUUUCUUUGGACCGCUAGCUUUAUAACUGUAAAAUUUUUCCCACUAAUAUCCUCUAAUUAUGGAACCCACACAUCAUUCUACAUGUUAGCAGCAUUCUGUGCUUGUACGGGCAUUUUUACUUUUCUUCUCUUGCCUGAGACUAAGGGAAAAUCAAAUCAGUCGAUUGUUGAUGAGCUAAAUAGAAAGAAGAAGAAAAAUGAUGAUUAUCCAACUACCGGAGAUAGGAAUAACACUGAAAAACUUUAACUCCCAUCGUGUAAUACAUCAAUGGUUAUAAUGAACUUUGACAACAAAAUACCAGGUUUGCAAUGACGUCAACUCUAUAGCUGCAUUCAUUGUAAUAAUUGAAAGACUUAUGAAUCAUAUAUUUAUUAAUCCUCUUAUUUGAUCAAUCUCCCAUAUAGCAAUUUAAGCAUAUUCCUAAGAUCCUGAAAAUUUGAUAAUUACAUGCCUUUUAACGCAUUUACACAACUCUUUGCUCUAAUAAAACUUCGUUAUUCUGGUUUCAUAACUAGUCAUAAAAAAUGUACAAUUAUAGUUUUCAAUUCAACUUUUAAUUAUAUUAACAUAAGGUAAGAUAAUUAAGCUUUUGGCGGAAAUAAAUUUUCAUUGCUGCA